GCUUUCCAUAACCAGCUUCCUCUCGUUCUUCUGCCUAAGUUCGUGAAGUUCGUGAUACCUUUCCGUCGACUAUCCCCUCUCGGACCAUUAUACGCGAUUCUUUAGCCAUCGGCCUGCGACGACCAGAGGGAUGGAAAAGUACAGCCAGUUUCGCGACCGAGGGUCGGGCAUCGCGCCCUUCAUCCCCGUGAAGACGCCCCGGUCCCGCCUCGCGCUCCUCACGCACCUGACCAUCUUCUUCCUCCGCCUGCCCAUGUUCCUCACCAUCGCCCUGACCUAUGCGCUCUUCCUCCACCACCUGCCGCUCCCCGCCGUGGUGCGCAAGGCCUGCCUCUGGUCGAUCAUGCUCGUCCCGGGGAUCUGGUGGGUCGACCUCCAGCUCGACGGCGUGCGCCGCGGCACCCUCGCCGAGCAGCCCCGCAACCGCGUCCCGCACCCGGGCUCCGUCAUCGCCGCCACCUUCACCUCCCCGAUCGACACCCUCUACCUGGCCGCCAUCUUCGAUCCCGUCUUCACGCGCUCCUACCCGUCCACCCGGCAGGUCGAGCCCCUCUCCCUCUUCGGCGCCGUCGCCGCCAGCCUGGCCCCCGUCCGUCUGCGCCCGGCGCCCCGCACCAACCUGGUCGACCUCGGCGCCCUCGUCGCCCGCCACCCGGACCGCGUCAUCGUCGUCUUCCCCGAGGCGUCCCCGACCAACGGCAAGGCCGUGCUGCCCUUCACGCCGUCCCUCCUCGGCGCGGCGCCCGACACCCCCAUCUUCCCCGUCUCGCUCCGCUACACGCCCGCCGACGUCACCACGCCGGUCCCCGGCCGCUGGUUCAGCUUUUUGUGGGAUCUCCUCUCCCGGCCUAGUACGUGCGUCCGCGUUAGGAUCGCGGAGAGUGUCUACAACACGUCGCGGGGUGGCACCGACGCCGCUAAUCAUCCGCAAGACGACGCCGACUAUGCCCCCGUUUCUCAUGACGAGCAGCUUGUUCUUGACAAGAUUGCGGAUGCCCUUGCGCGGUUGGGCCGGAAUAAGCGCGUCGGCUUGACGUUGAAGGACAAGACUGCCUUUAUCGAUGCGUGGAAUGGACGGAAAUGA